AUGAUUUUAGUGGUAGCUCUUACUAUCUGCUUAGUCCUACUCUCAGAUAAUUUUGAUGCAGCUGGUGUUAAACAUGCCGAUAGAUCUAAGAGAAUAUUUCCGGCUGUUGUUAAACAUGACGAAAGAUCGAAGAGAUUCUUUCCAGGUACCAUUCUCCAAUUAGACAUAGCACGUUUAAAAGCAAUACACAGACGACCUGUUAGUGCAAGCGUUAGUACUAGUGCAAAUACUAUAGCUAACUGCUCCGCAACCAACAUAUUCAAAUGUGAGAAGACUGGCAGAUGUAUAUCAAUUAAUUGGAUAUGUGAUGGAGAUAGUGACUGUGGUUAUGGUGAUUUGUCUGAUGAACAAAAUUGCAUUGAGAAAACCUGUUCUUCUGAUCAAUUCAAAUGUGACUCAGGCCAGUGUAUUAUUACAAAAUGGAAAUGUGAUGGACAAAAGGAUUGUUAUGACGGCACGGAUGAACUAGAGUGCAAUGAUAAUCCAACAUGUGCUAAAGAUCAAUCACGAUGUUCUAACGGUAAAUGUAUAACAUCAAAAUGGUACUGUGAUGGUGAAGCUGAUUGUGGUGAUGGAAAUGAUGAACAGAACUGUACAUCAACAUGCAAUGCAGAACAGUUUAAUUGUACAAAUGGAAAGUGUAUAGACAUUGAUUGGCGAUGCGAUGGGGACUUUGAUUGCUCUGAUUACAGCGAUGAAGAAAGCUGUGAACCAGUGCCAGCUAAAUCUACUGUAAGGAGACAGAAUGGAAAGGGUUCACUAAAGAGCAGUGCAUUCAUGCCAAAUUGA